AUGUCCUCUUCUAGUGCUUUCACUCACGUCACUCUUGAGGAGAACGUCUCAAUACCCGCCGCUGUUGACUUUCACCUCAAGCACAACCCCGAAUUCGCGUGCUACGUCUUCACCGAGCCCGAUGGUACUGUUCGCAAGAUCACGUACCUCGAAUUCGCGCGCGCUGCUCAUCGGGCGGCGCAUGCGCUGCGUCCCUCUCGCGAGGGUGAGGAUGGCGCCGUCGUCGCCGUCAUCGCGCUCUCGGACACUGUUCUCUAUCAGGCUGUCACUGUGGGUCUGAUAAAGGCUAGCCUUGUUCCGUUCCCCAUCUCGCCUCGUCUGUCCUCCGCCGCGGUCGCCAACCUCAUGCGCAUGGCGAACUGCCAUCGCCUCGUUGCGACGCAGCAGACUUUGCAGACCUUGAUCUCCGGCGUCGAGAAGGAGCUCGGCGCGGGACAUGCGCUGAAGCUUGACGAGAUGCCCCUGCUCGACCUCAUCUAUCCUCGUCUGGCAGAGGAGAAAGCUACGGACGCGUUCGAGCCGUACCCCGAGGCGUCAAUGCCUCCGAAGCCAGAUGAUCUGGCCCUCUACCUGCACUCAUCUGGGAGCACGGGCUUCCCCAAGGCGAUUGGCCACACGUACACGAGCUUGACUGGCUGGAGCAGACUCGGUAAGCCUGCACAUCGUAACUGCCGCGCCUGCCGCUUCGCGGCGCACAUGCUGCCCGCGUUCCACACAUUCGGCGUCUGCUUGCAUAUCCUGUCGCCCCUAUACGGCGGAUCGGAGAUCGCGCUCUAUAAGCCCGUGGCCAAGACCCCUACCGAUGUCCCGCCGCCUCCGACCGCUGAAUCGCAACUUGAAGCCGCACGAGCCUGUCGCUGUACCGCCAUGCUGGUCGUGCCUGCGUAUAUCCACCAAUGGGCGGAGGACCCCAGCGCGGUCGAAUAUUUGAAGACUUUGCAGGUGCUGGGCUUCGGUGGCGGCCCACUUAGCGAGGCAGUCGGGGAUGGUCUGUCCGCCGCGGGCGUGAGACUUCGGUCGGGCUACGGAGCGACCGAGUUUGGUGGCCCGUCGCACAUUAUACCCACUCACGAGGAGGACUGGAAGGAGUGGAGCUGGAUCGAGAUCGACACGAAUGCUUCCCUGGAGUGGGAGAAGCAGAGCGAUGGGACGGAGGAGUUGAUCAUUCCGGCGGUCGCUGGUCAUUGGCACCAACCCGCGGUGAAGAACAUGGAGGAUCGCCCGGGGUACGCGACGAACGACUUGUUCAUCCGCCAUCCGACUAAGCCGUACCUACGCAAAGUCGUUGGUCGGAAGGACGAUGUCAUCGUACACUCUACUGGCGAGAAGACGGUCCCCGCUCCCAUUGAGGGUGUGAUUGUCACCAGCCCGAUGAUUCGGGCGGCCAUUAUGUUUGGUCGCGGGCGCGACGAAGCUGGUAUUCUAGUUGAGCCGGCGCCAACGCACCAGAUCGACGUCGAUGACGAUGUGCAAGUUGCCGCGUUCCGCAAUGCUAUCUGGCCUAUCAUCGAGGAGGCGAAUCGCGGUGCCCCCGCGUACAGUCGCAUCUUCAAGGAGCUCAUCCUCGUCACGCGCGACACGAAGCCGCUUCCGCGCACCGAGAAGGGCACUGUGAUGCGUCGACUGGCGCUGCAGAUCUACGAGGUCAUCGAGAGCCACACGCAGACCGGCGAGAAGGGAAUCAAGCCGCCCGCCAGCUGGAACGCGCCUGUCAUCGCCGAGUGGCUAGCAGGGCAUGUGCGCGACAUUACGGGCCGCGACAUGGACCGCGCCAUCGACCUAUUCGAGCAGGGCUUCGAUAGUCUCAACGCAACCGUCCUCCGCCUCCGCCUGCUCGGCGCUCUCAGAUGCGAUCCGCUCGCCGCCCCCGCAGGCCUCGAGAUCUCGCAGAACGUCGUCUACCAGCAACCCACAAUUGACAAGCUCGCCGCCCACGUCACCAAGCUCGUGCGCGGCGAGGCCGCUACCACCAAGGCGCCCGAAGCGAGCGCGAAGGACCUCAUCGUCUCGUUUGCGGCGAAGUACAGCAAGGGCCUCCCCGGUUACGUCGAUGCGACGUCGUUGCCGAAGUACGUGCAAAAGAAGUCGGUGAAGCCUCUUGAGUACCCUGUCAGCGUACUGCUAACGGGGACGACGGGCAAUCUUGGCGCGGAGAUCUUGCAGAUGCUGCUGAAGGACGAUCGCGUGGCGCGCAUUUAUACGCUCGAGCGGGAUGGUUCCGCCUCUGUGACUGAGCGCCAGCGCGCGCGAUUUGCAGACAAGGGCUUCACAAUUGCGCUACUGGACUCGAACAAGCUUGUCUCGCUGCAGGGUGACGUGAGCGCGGAGCGACUCGGCCAGAGCGACGAAGUGUUCAAGGAGAUGCUCCGCGCCGUCUCCGUCAUCAUUCACGUCGCCUGGCGCCUCGACUUCAACCUCGGCGUCAACGCCUUCGAGUCCAGCAUUCGCGGCACUCGCGCCCUUGUCGACUUUGCCCGCCAAACACAACACGCCGACUCCCUUCGCUUCGUCUUCACCUCCUCCGUCGCCUCCACGAUGUCGUGGGACCCCAGGACUCAGGGCCCGGUCCCCGAGACGCUGCUCAACGACCCAAGCGUCUGCGUUCACGGCGGCGGGUACGGGCAGGGCAAGUACGUCGCGGAGCGCGUGCUGGCUGCAAGCGGGCUCUCGUUCAGCUCGAUGAGGGUGGGGCAGGUGAGCGGCGGGCAGCCGCGCGGGGCGUGGGCGACGACGGAUUGGUUCCCGAUCUUGGUCAAGACGAGCAUCGCGUUGGGUGCGCUGCCCGGAGAUGAGCAGGACGUGACCUGGCUCUCGAUGGACGCCGUCGCGGGGACCUUGCUGGACGCGGCGUUCUCACAAAACGCCCUCGCGCCCUCGCACAAUGUCGUCCACCCGCGCCCGAUCCCAUGGUCCCAGAUGAUCAAGCACGUCCAGAACUCACUCAAGACAAUUCUCAAGCGGGACGUCCCCGUCGUACCAUUCGGCGAAUGGUUCGUCAAGCUCGAGGCGUUGGCCAAUCAGCCCGAUGUCAGCGCGCAAGAUGUGCCCGGUGUCAAGCUCCUCGAGUUCUUCCGUGGGAUAAGUGCUGGACACGGGAUGGGCGCAUUCGCGACGAAUGAGAUGGAGGCGGUCAGUGAGACCCUACGCAGGGUAGAGCCUUUGGCUCAGUGUGAUGCGGAUGCGUGGGUGAAGUACUGGAAGGAGAGCGGGCUGCUGUAG